CUUCCCUGGUGGAACUCUCGCGGAAAUAGUGACGUGUUCACGUUCGGUGGCUCGUUCAGCUAGCUAGGCAGAGCCGGGUAGUGACACAGCGGCCGAGUCAGAAUGUCAGAAGGGGACAGUGCUGGUGAGUCGAUCCAUGGGAAACCAUCUGUAAUCACUGUCUUCUUCACACGAGUUGGACAGGUCUAUCAGUCAUGGCUGGACAAGUCAACGCCAUUUUAUGCAGUACGAUGGGCGGCCACUCUACUACUCACGGCUGUCUACAUGAUCAGAGUGUACAUACUACAGGGUUGGUAUAUAGUAACAUAUGCUUUGGGAAUCUAUCAUCUCAACCUCUUCAUCGCUUUUCUAUCGCCAAAAGUGGAUCCUUCACUGCUUGACGAAGAUGAGGGCCCGUGCCUCCCAACCAAGCAGAACGAGGAGUUCCGCCCUUUCAUCAGGAGGUUGCCUGAAUUCAAAUUCUGGCAUUCAGCAACAAAAGGCAUCGUCAUUGCCAUGAUUUGCACAUUCUUCGAUGCCUUCAACGUGCCAGUCUUCUGGCCUAUACUUGUAAUGUACUUCAUCAUGCUCUUCUGCAUUACCAUGAAGAGGCAGAUCAAGCAUAUGAUCAAGUACAGAUACCUGCCCUUCACACACGGGAAGAAGACAUACAAAGGCAAGGAAGACACAGGGAAAGCUUUUGCUAGUUAAAAACUUCGAGUUGGCCUCUUGCCGUCAUUUUGAAAUAUCACUCGUAGUUUGGGGGGUUUGACACGGGUUCGAGUUGUGGGUUUGUUUGUUUUUUGUGUUUUCCUUUUUCUUCAGUGGGGAAAUGACAUGAGAACAUAAAAAUAAGUUUGGAUCCAUGGUUGAGUCACGUUAGCCUGGAAACAUUGCCUUUGUCUCGUAAAGAGCCUUGGAUCCUCACUUUAGGACUUCGUUCAGUAACGGCCAAACUGAGCGCUGCCUUUUGCCUUUCUAACCCUGGGGGGGAUAAUUACCAAUGAAUGGACUAGGAAUCACACAUUUAGGGAGGGGAUGGGGGAGUGAAAUGUCUUUAGUAAUUUUUUUUUUUCUUUUUUCUUCCCUCUCCCCAACGAUGGUGAUUUGUGUUCCACUUUGUCUCACAAGUGGAUAAAAUCUCCAAACAUUUGAUUCAUAUAUCCGAAUCUGUUUGUUUGUAAGAAGUUGUACAUUGAAUGUCAGUUGUAUUUCUAGAAGAACAUCGUUCAGUCUGGAAAAUUAAGGGAAAACAGUCAUCCACAAACUGAUUACUUUCAUCAUUUUUGAUGAAUUUGUGCUGCUGCUGUUCUGGCUUAUCAUUUUUCUUUUUUUGUGUGUGUGAUUGCAGAAAUGGUCGUCAUUCGUCACAUUUCACUUGAACAUGCAUUUGUCACAGGCACAACGAACGCUAGUUUCUUCCCUCAUUUGUUAAUGUUGACAUGCUCUUGUGGCCCAAAGGACACUGAAAAUCCACCCAAAACUGAUGUAAUU